AUGAGUCUACUUAAAAUUUUUCCACAUUUCACUCGCUCUUAUCAAGAUGCUCUAAAUGAACUGAAUAGAUAUAUUAAAUCAUCGAAUUUUUAUUCACCUUCAUCAAAUCCAAAACUAUCUAGGGAGGAGAGAAAUGGAUUGUCUUCUGUAUAUUGCUCUGCUGUAGGAAUAGAAGAUCAUCAUCUAAAUGAUUUACGCAUUAUACAUGUUACUGGAUCGAAAGGUAAAGGUUCAGUGUGUUCAAUGAUUGAAAAUGUCUUACGUAAAUCUGGUUUACGUACUGGCUUUUUAAGCUCUCCUCAUCUCAUAAAUAUAGAAGAAAGGAUUCGGAUUAACGGACAACCUUUGUCUCGUAAAAAGUUUGCAAAUGUGUUUUGGAAUGUACGUGAUACACUUGAAGAGUUCACGAAAACUUCACCAACCGUACCGAUGCCAUCGUUUCUUCAUUAUAUUUUUGUAAUGGCAUGCAAAGCGUUUGUCGACGAAAAAGUAGAUGUUGGCAUAAUUGAAGUUGGUAUUGGUGGGCGAUAUGAUCAUACAAAUGUUUUCAAGAAUCCUUUUGUAACUGUCAUUACAAGCUUGGCACUAGAGCAUACAGAUGUUCUAGGCAAUACUAUUGCUGAAAUAGCCUGGAGGAAGGCUGGAAUUUUCAAGGCGGGUUCAGCAGCUGUGGUCAGCUAUGGACAAUCAGAGGAAGCCAUGAAUGUGCUUAUCGAGGAAGCUGAGCGAGUUCAAUGUCCAUUAUAUAUUGCUUCCCCAUUGGAUUCGUUUUUAACUGAAGGCAAUAUGAUUGAAUCAGUCAAGAAUGUAUUCGAUCAUUUAAGCAUGAAUGAUUGUCGACUGUUAAAUCUUGGUGUUAGUCUAACUGCUAUCAAUCUUUGGUUUGAAAAAUUACAUGGAAAUAAUGAUUCGUGUAAACGUAUCGGUCUACAACCUACAUUGGUUUUGAAGUCUAGUUCAACUGUUUUACUCGAUGCUUUAUCUGCUCGAUGGCCAGGCCGUUGGCAAAUUGUAACAAGAAGAAAUAUAACUUAUUUUCUGGAUGGUGCACAUACUGUGGAAAGCUUACAGUUUGCGACUAAUUGGUUUCAAAAUCAAACUUUGAAGACCUGUAAUACUGGACGUGUUAUGCGAAUUUUGAUUUUCACUGUAACUGGAAUGCGCAAUCCAAAAUCAUUUUUACAAAUUUUACGCUCUUGCGAACCCCGAUUUGACGUGGUCGUUUUCGGUAAUCCUCAUGACGGUCAAUUUGAAAUUCCGCCUAGUAAAGAAUCACGUGAUGAAUUAUGCAUGAAGAUUUGGUCUGAGCUUGAAUUAGAGUGGAAGAACAAAGAUGAUAUAAUGUGUCCUAUAUCAAAACAUGUAGUAUCUAUAUCAAAUUUUAUAAAUUGGCUUCAUCAGUUGACAUAUUUCUCGGUAGGAGCUAUCCAGUCCUAUCCAUGUGAAUAUACUGGCUUAAAAAAUGAUCUUAAUGAGAAAAGUAAUACACAAUGCUGUCAUAUUCUUGUCACUGGUAGCCUUUAUAUGGUCGGUCGAAUAUUGAAAGAAAUAGGUGAACCUGUGUGA